CUUUGCAUAUGUAAGUACAUCUCGCAUUUGGUGAAGUAAUUGUAGAUUUUUUUUCUCUCCCUUCUUCUUCAAUUACACCGCCGGUCUAACUUUGUUAAAUUGAUUGGUAUUUUUACUCAUGUGGUGAACCAUUCAUGUUACGCUGUUGGGCCUCACAAGACGCGGUUUUUCUAGAUCAUGUCGCUUAAGUCUAGAUCUAUGCUCUACUUAAGCUAACGAUUCAUUGACGCUUGUCUCUUGGUUGGUUAAACCUUCAGGACGAAUCGGAUUUUUAUAUAUACAUUGGUCGAGCUAUAUUAUAUUGAUUUGUGCGGAUGGCAUCCCGGCUUUGAUUAGUUGAUUGGAUUCGUGCUGGAUGUUGGUACGAGGUUCUUGGGUUUUAAUUUUUUGUUUUGAAGAGACUGAUACAAUAUGUCGCGAACUACUGACUCGCUGACUUUUCCGACGGCGAUGCAUUCUUCUGGAAGCGGCCACGGGGGAACGAAUGAACCCGGAGGGGCGGGAGCCGCAGCCGGUCCGUCGUCGAACGGAGGAGUUCGGCGUUGGGCGAGGUCGCUCUUGCCGUCGCGCAAUGCCGCCGACUAUUACCAUGGCAGUCGCUCCGGCGCUAAUAGUAGGAGCUAUAAAGCUGAUAGCUGGUGGAAGAUACACUUCUUCCGCGGUAUGAUCAACGAUCUGCGUCGCCGUGCACCAUAUUAUUGGAGCGACUGGCUUGAUGCUUGGGAUUACCGUGUCGUGCCGUCGACAGUAUACAUGUACUUUGCUAAUAUUCUACCCGCAUUGGCUUUCUCAUUGGAUAUGUUCACGAAGACGAAUAUGCAAUAUGGCGUGAAUGAAGUAUUGCUGGCGUCUGUUCUUGGUGCGGUGGUUUUCUCUAUAUUGGCGUGCCAACCGUUGGUGAUUGUGGGAGUUACAGGUCCUAUUACGGUGUUUAACUACACGGUUUAUGAUAUUAUGAGGCCUACGGGAACUAACUACCUGGCAUUCAUGUGUUGGAUUGGACUGUGGUCUCUCGUAUUCCACUGGAUUCUCGCCGUCACCAACUCGGGUAACUGGCUGCGCUAUGUGACACGGUUCCCCUGCGAUAUUUUCGGCUUCUACGUCGCUUUUAUAUACCUGCAGAAGGGCAUCCAGGUGCUUGAACGUUUCGGCGACCAGGCCCCUUUUUACCUCUCCCUCGCAGUGGCCCUGCUCGUCUUCAUGAUUGCGUACGCCUGCGGUGAACUCGGCGGGUCCCCCUUAUUUCGCCAUCCUGUGCGUGUCUUCCUAAAGGACUACGGUACCCCUCUUACUGUUGUCUUCUUUACUGGAUUCGUGCACCUUGGACGCAUGAAGACAGUUGAGCUAGAGAGGCUACCUACUACAGCUGCUUUCUUUCCUACGGCUGAUAGGGGCUGGCUUGUUCGGUUUUGGGAUAUUGAUGUUGGUGACAUAUUCAUUGCUAUUCCAUUUGCUGUCUUGCUCACGAUAUUGUUUUAUUUUGACCACAAUGUAUCCUCCCUCAUAGCCCAAGGCACUGAGUUCCCUCUCCGCAAACCCGCCGGUUUCCACUGGGACCUGUUCCUCCUAGGCCUAACCACAGGCGUCGCCGGCAUCCUCGGUCUCCCCUUCCCAAAUGGGCUCAUCCCCCAAGCCCCAUUUCACACCGAAUCCCUCUGUGUGACAAAAGUCGAAGCCGACACCGAAGAAACCAACGGCGAAGCCAAGGGUCACUACGUGCUCAAACGAACACACGUAGUAGAACAACGCGUGUCAAACCUAGCGCAGGGCCUUCUAACCCUAGGAACCAUGACCGGCCCUCUCCUCAUCGUCCUCCAUCUAAUCCCACAAGCCGUGCUAGCAGGUCUAUUUUUCAUAAUGGGAUACCAAGCCCUCGAAGGCAACGGCAUAACCGCUAAAAUCCUAUUCCUCCUCCGCGACCGCACCCUCACACCUGCCGGUCACCCGCUUUCCCGUAUUCCGCGGCGGUCGGCGGUCUGGGCGUUCGUGGCGGUUGAGUUAUUAGCUUUUGGCGCUACGUUUGCGAUUACGCAGACGGUGGCUGCGGUCGGGUUUCCGGUCGUUAUUUUGGCGUUGAUUCCGGUUAGAGCGUUGGUUUUGCCUAGGUUGUUUACGCGGUUCGAGUUGGGGAUCUUGGAUGCGCCGACGGCGAGCCCGUUUACGAUGGAGAGUGUGGGCGGUUCGUAUGCGGCGGCUGCGGCUGCUCCUGCUGGUGGCGAUGUGCAGGAGGUUGUUCGGGGCGGGGUUGUUGAGGGUGGGAGUGGGAGUGAGGAGGUACUCGCUGAGGAGGGACGGGGUCGUGCGGUCGAGGAUGUAGGACCGUAUGGGGAGAUUGAGAUGGGUCGGCUGGGUGUUAGUCGGAGAGGUCAGGCGAGUCGGAGUGUUGCUCGGGAGGAGAGCGAGUGAAACUUAGUAUGAACGUUCGCAUGUAAUGUCUUGAAAACUGGGCAGUAGGUAUCAAUCCUCUCCAGAGCGGCCUACAUUAGACGGUGGUAUUGUAGAUAGAAUUCAGGAUACAUAGAAUCAAAGGGAGACUGCAAAUACCUG